AUGGUAGUUACCAGAAGACAAGCCUCCGGAGAUCAACAAAAGUCGCAAGGCUCGGCUGCUGAUACUAAAGGCACCAAGCGCCAGAACAACCAGGUCAAGUCCGAAGAGCCUGAGAAGCAGGAACAAGCCGCCGACGACGAUGACUCCAAAGCUGGCAACACCAAGGCCAAAGACUCGGAAGAACCAGCUCCCAAGAAACCAAAAACCUCAACCGCAAUCAAGAAUUCGGACAUGGACUCUAUCCUCGAAGUCCAGCAAUCCGAGCUCGAAUCUCACUCCGACGCUCUUACCUGGCUCCAUUCCUCUGCUGCUUGGACCCUAUCUCACCCUGACAUUCCUGAUGGCAAAGGCGAAAAGGACACAGCCGAAGAAGGAGGAGAAACUGUCCGGACCCCACCCGAGCCAUACGAGAACAAACGAGCCGGCGCCGAUGCAGAAGGGCAUCUCUCCUUCCCCAACUCCGAUCUUACCGCUUUUCAGACUCUACUUUGUGCAAUUCUGCUCAGCAAGCCCAUCUCUCACCAACUUGGAUUGCGCACAAUCGAGACGCUCCUUAACAAGCCCUACUAUUUUCGCAGUGCUAAAGAUCUCAUCGAUGCAGGAAACGAAGGUCGUCGGGCAGGUCUUUGGGAAGCUAGAACUCGACACAAGGAGAAGACUGCCGUCCAACUCGGUUCGCUUGCUGAAGGAAUCGUUUCCCUCUGCGGCGAAGAUACCGACUCCCAGGACAACUUGCGUCCUAUCCUUGACAAAGCCCUUUCUCAGGCCUCAAACAAAGACGACUCGUUCGAAGUAGCAGAACAAAUCAAAGCAGUCCUCACAAAGGAAAUCAACGGGUUGGGUCCCGGUGGAGUCGAAAUCUUCCUGCGGCGAGUUCAAUCUCAGUGGGGAGCUGUUUUCCCUUUCGCCGACGAUAGAGCUCUUAUUGCUGCGGUCAAGUUCGAUCUGAUCAGUGAAGGGGAUUUGGAGAAGGGUAAGGAACAUGCGACAAAGAAGCUGGCCGAACAGGUGGCUGAGCAUGUGGGCUUCCCAAUUGAGGACGGAAAGAAGGAGGAGGAUGAAGAGGCAGAGUGUGGAAGGUGGUGGUUUGUGAGGACGUUGGAUGUUUUGAUCGGGUUGGACAUCGAGAAGAAGAUUGAUGAAGCUGCUAAGCAGGCCAAGGGUUAG